AUGGAUCCAAUCGUACACUCCCUAUAUGAACCAGUCACUGGCACCUGGCAGUACGUUGUUGCUGACCCAUCAAAGCGAGAAGCUACGAUCAUUGACCCAGUUCUUGACUAUGACAAAGAAAGUGGUGAUAUCGACAUUAACUCAGCAGACAUCCUUCUCAAACUGGUUGAAGACAACAAAUACAAAAUCUGCUACAUCUUGGAGACACAUGCGCACGCUGACCAUCUUUCAGCUUCUCGUUACCUCCAAAGCGUCCUAGGACAUCGUCAAUCUGUUGCGCCUGAGGUUUGUAUUGGGCAUCGCAUCGUACAAGUCCAACAGACUUUCGGCACAAUGUACUCUAUACCGCAAGCAGAACUUGAGAAUGCAUUUGACCGACUUCUGCAAGACGAGGAAGAAUUAGUUCUUGGCAAUCUCAUUAUCCGUGUUAUUCACUUGCCUGGACAUACACCCGACCACGUUGGCUACAUCAUAGGAAGCAAUGUCUUUACGGGCGAUUCCAUUUUCAACCCGGAUGUUGGUUCAGCUAGAUGUGACUUUCCUGGCGGUUCGGCCACAACUCUUUAUCAAUCUACACGAAGGCUUCUUAGUCUUCCAGAGUACUACAGGCUGUAUACUGGACAUGACUACCCACCACCUGAUCGUUCUAUUAAUGUUGCAUCAGAUGAGUCAACGGCCGUUCCCUUUACAACUGUAGGAAAGCAGCGGCUUGAAAACAAGCAUCUCAAGGCCGGUACCUCCGAAGAAGAGUUUGUGAAUUGGAGAAAUGAGAGAGACAGUGGCCUCCAAACACCAAAGCUACUUGUUCCAUCUAUCAGGACCAAUAUUCGAGGCGGCCGUCUGCCACAGUCUAGUGAAGAUGGAUUUAAAAUAGUGAAGGUGCCUGCAAGCGUGGUUAGGGUACAAUGA